ACCUUCAGCGCACCACCAUCCCCCAUCCGUGCACCGCCACUUCAGAGCUUCAGGGGAGGACAUACAGGUCGACAGGGCCAGCAGUCCCAGCAGCCGAGGGCAUGUUAUGGUUGUGGUGACCCGAGUCACAUUGUCAGGUUUUGCCCCCGAGCCUCGAGUAGUUCUCAGCAGCAGGGUCCUCGCCCUACGAUUCAGGCAGCAGGUGAUCCACAGGCCGCCCAGCCGGCUAGAGGCGGGGGUAGGGAUCAUAGGGGUGGAGGGAGAGACCGUAGAUGUGGAGCUCGGACCGCCAGAGGCAGGGGUCAGCCAGCAGCCGAUCGCUCUAGAGACACAGUUCAGGGAGGUGGGGGGUCAGCCCCGUUGUUAUGCUUUCCGGCCAGGCCAGAGGCCGAGUCAUCAGAUGUUGUGAUUACAGGUACUAUUCUG